ACUUCGCCCACUAUGAUGAGUUAUAGAAGAACUCCAAGGGCGAAGAAAAGAGGUGCAAGCACCAGCUCUAUCGAUAUUACUUCGCCCCUGACAGAGGCACCCAAACCGUAUACGACGUUUUCCUACGAUACAAACCUAUACGUCGAAGAGAAAUUCAAAGAUACCGAUUACAGAUACGCUACAAUCCCACGUAACGAAGAAUUCCACAAGCUAUUCAAAUCUGUUUCGCAAAGCGAUCGGUUGUUGGAUGAUUUCAGUUGUGCGCUGAGCCGUGAUAUCCUACUCCAAGGACGAGUUUAUGUUUCCGAGCAUAACAUAUGUUUCAAUUCCAAUUUGUUGGGAUGGGUGACUAAUUUGGUGAUACCACUACCUGAUAUUACAGGCUUUGAAAAGACUUCAACUGUUGGUUUAUUCCCUAACGGUAUCGCUAUAUCCUCUAAAGAAGGUAAGAACUCGUUUGCAAGCUUUAUUUCAAGAGAUGGGGUUUUCGAAUUCCUUGAAACUGUUUGGAAAGCAUCUGGAGGUGUACCUUCAACAAUCGACCACUCAGGGGAUACACAAACAUCUCAAGUCUCAUCGUUGCUACAAAAGUCUUCAAUGACAAGCGACGACGUUGAAGAAGAACAGACUGACAACUCUGAAGUUGUGGAGGAAAAGGUUUCAAGUCAAAAAGUUCACGUUUUAAAGCCAGAUUCGAAGUACUCGUAUAUUGGUACUCAUGGGCACGGGGUAACACAUUGUCCGUACAAACCAGAGGAUAACAAGGAAACAAUAUUGGCCAGGGUUAAUCUGAAUUGUCCACCAGGUGUUCUAUACGAGUUCUUAUUUGGAUCUAACUUCACAAUGCUUAAUGAGUUUUUGAGGACACAGGACUCCCGAGAUUUUAGUGACGUUUCUGAAUAUGAAACCAAUGCGGACAAGAAGAAAGAAAGACAUUAUGAAUAUAUCAAGGAUUUGAACUACUCAGUUGGUCCUAAACAGACCAGAUGUAUAGUAACUGAGACCAUUGAACAUUACGAUACUGAUGGUUACAUAAACGUUGUUAACACGACCCAGACACCUGACGUUCCAUCAGGAAACGCAUUCUGUGUAAAGACAAGAUAUAUUAUGACCUGGGGUAAAGGAAAUACCACAGACUUGGUCAUCUCUUACUGGGUUCAUUGGACUGGAUCUAGUUGGAUGAAAAGUAUCAUUGAGAAGAGUACGAAAGGUGGGCAGGAAUCUGCUGCAAAGGCGUUACUAGAUAAGAUUAAAGAGGUUUUGGAGGAAAAUAUUCAAGAAAGUACCGAGGAAGUUUCUACAGCUGUUAAAGCAGACGAGGAAGAACAGGAAGAACAAGAGAAGGCUGAACUAGGGGGUUCUCCAGUGGAGACAGUAUUGCGUUCCACUUCACCGAUCACCACCAUAUUGGAGGGCGUGUCUAUUUUCAAUGUAUUGGUCAUUGUGUUACUAUCAUUGAUUGUUGUUCUUCAGUUCCAAAUUCUGAGAGGAUUAAACGGAAGUUCUCGUCUCGUAUUUGAC